AUGGCCCCGAACGUGCCAAUUGCCAUCAUUGGAAUGAGCUGUCGGUUCGCUGGCGAUGUAGACAAUCCAGGGAAAUUGUGGAAGCUUUUGGCCGAAGGGCGCAGCGCUUGGUCGGAAAUACCCGUGGAGAGGUUUAACGUGAGAGGUUUCCUUCACCCUAACAACGAAAAGCUGAACGGGACGAAUGUCAUCGGUGGACAUUUUUUAAAGGAAGAUAUCGGCCUUUUUGAUGCCAGUUUCUUCAACUUGUCUUCAGAAACAGCUGCUACUCUCGAUCCUCAGUUUCGACUGCAAUUAGAAACGACCUAUGAGGCCCUUGAGAGUGGCUGCUCAACGACCCUUACGGCUCUCCAUCAGGCCUGCCAAAGUCUCCGCACAGGAGAGUCUGAUAUGUCGAUUGUUGGGGGAGCAAAUGUCAUUUUUAAUCCUGACAUGUUCAUGGCCAUGUCUUCCAUGACACUAAUCGGCAAAGAUGGCAAAUCUUACGCCUUUGACAGCCGUGCAAAUGGAUACGGUCGCGGAGAAGGAUCGGCUACGCUGAUUCUCAAAAGGCUAGAUGAUGCACUCCGAGAUGGAGAUCCAAUUCGCGCUAUUAUUAGGGAAACUGGUAUUAACCAAGACGGCAAAACGGAAACUAUAACAACCCCAAGUCAAGAAGCUCAGGAAUCUCUCAUCCGUGCCUGUUACCAAAGAGCUGGCUUGGAUCCGGCAGAGACUACAUAUUUUGAAGCGCACGGAACCGGGACACCAAUCGGCGAUCCGAUCGAAGCGAGAGCCAUUGCCUCGGUAUUUAAAGAGACUAGAACAGGAACUAAUUGUCAGCAGGUCCCUACGGAACUGGAGCCAUGGCCUGAUGUUCAGGGCAUCAGGCGAGCCUCUAUCAAUAACUUCGGCUACGGAGGAUCGAAUGCUCAUGUUAUCAUCGAAGAUUACGAGUCCUACCUUUUGAGUACCUCACACACCUCGAACAAUGCUGUUCCCAAUGGGGUCAGGAAUGGAAAUGGCUCCUCCACAGUUACAACCGGCCAUUCAGAGUGCACUAAACGUUCCCGUGUCUUUCUUCUGAGUGCAAAGGAUGAGCAGGCGGCCCGCCACAUGAUUAGCAAUUUCAGGAAAUAUCUGGCUGAUGCUCAUACUAGCAACGAGGAUGCAUUCCUGGACAACCUAGCAUACACUUUGUGUCAUCGUCGGUCUGUCUUUCCUUGGAUUUUGGCAUUUUCCGGCAGUAGCAUUCGUGGCCUGAUCCAAGCGAUUGACUCCUGCAGGUCGAGCCCAGUAAAGACCAGAAGUCACCCCAGAAUUGGCUUUGUUUACACUGGACAAGGGGCCCAAUGGUGGGCCAUGGGCCGGGAACUCAUCGAUACUUAUCCUGUCUUCAAGCUUACGCUUCUUCAAUGUGAUGCCGAGCUGAAGAAGCUUGGGGCGACAUGGAAUAUGAUCGAGGAGCUUAGUCGUUCUGAAGAAACUUCUCGGGUCAACGAGCUUGAUUAUAGUACUUCUGUCUGCGUCGCUGUUCAGAUUGCCUUGACAGAACUCUUGCGUUCCUGGGGAAUCACACCUAGCGCAGUCACCAGUCAUUCUAGCGGCGAGAUUGCUGCAGCUUACGCUGCUGGCGCUAUCGACCUUCCUUCUGCCAUGGCAAUAGCGUACGCCCGAGGAGGAUUGGCCUCCGAGUCUGAUUAUCGACAUGUUCGGCGUGGUGGCAUGGUUGCAGUCGGUUUAGGCGCAGCAGCGAGCCAACCAUAUAUCUCCCGUGUCACCAAGGGGACGGUGGUCCUUGCUUGCGAAAAUAGUCCCAACAGCAUCACGAUCUCUGGAGACAUUGCGGGUCUCGAUGAGCUUGAGGCCAUCCUGAAGCAGGAAAACAUUUUUGUCAGGCGCUUGAAGGUUGCUGCUGCGUGGCAUUCCCAUCAUAUGCAGGGGUUUGCCAACGCGUAUUACGCCGCAAUGGAAAACAAAGUACGCCCUGCCCAGGACCGCGUCAGCAUUGUUUUCUCUUCUCCAGCUACAGGCUCUCGCAUCGAUGAUGCCAAGGAGAUUGGGCACCCUGCACACUGGGUUCGCAGUCUUACUGGAUCUGUUCGCUUCUUGGAGGCAUUCCACAGCAUGUGUUUCGAAACACCCGACAGCGAGCCAAGCGUUGACAUGGUCAUCGAGGUUGGACCACAUGCCGCACUUUCUGGACCCAUUCAAGACAUCUUGGCAAUGCCCCGGUUUGAAGGCCUGAGUAUCUUUUACGGAAGCUGCUUGAUAAGAAAGCAAAAUGCCGUCGACACUAUGCAUGCCUUGACGCGGCACUGGUGCGAGCCGCGCGCUAACAGAGCGCUCAGAAACCGGUCUGAUCUUCCGCAUGAUCUGUUGGGUUCCCUAUUCCUUGGAACGAACCUUAACAGUCCAACUUGGAGACACAUGAUUCGCUUGACCGACCUUCCAUGGAUAAGAGACCACGUCGUUCAGGACAAGAUCAUCUAUCCAGCUGCAGGAUAUCUCAGCAUGGCAAUCGAAGCAGUGGCAUACCUAGCUUCCCAUAGUCCCAAAGGAGAGGCAGUCAUAGGAUAUCAACUCCGUGAUAUAGACAUCCUCAAGGCUCUUGUGGUUCCCGAGACUACCGAGGGUAUCGAGCCAACCGACGAAACGGCAUACCGGAACUGGAUUAGCACUCGUGAGUUCUACACGAACCUUCGGUCUCGUGGUCUCUGCUAUGGGCCAAUCUUCCAGAACAUUAACAGCAUUCGGGCUCGGAAUCAGCAGUCCCUCACCUCCUUUAGCAUUGCCGAUACCCAAGCAACGAUGCCAAGGCGUCAUCAGCAUCCGCAUAUCAUCCAUCCAACAACUCUCGACUCGGUGUUCCAGGCGGCUUAUACCGCUGUGUCAGGUGCUGGGAGCACGGCAGAUACUCUCAAAUGGGUUCCAGACAUCACCUUCCUCAAUGACUCGUGGGUCAAGCAGAACCUGGGCAGCGAGAUCUCACCUACAGAAGCCGAGCUGCUGAUUGAUUUACGUCGCGCUUGUCUGUUUUACAUCUGCGACGCACUAAGUCAGCUCACCGCUUCGGAUGUCAAAGGCUUGGAGUGGUACCAUAAGAAGUUUUACAUCUGGAUGAGACUCCAAGUUGAGCUUGCGAAGACUGGAGGCCUUGGGCCGUCAAGUAAGGAGUGGUUGCUGACACCUGCACAUGAACGACAGAAGUUGUUGGCACGGGUUCGUUUGAGCAGCACCAAUGGUGAGAUGGUUUGCAGAUUGGGCCCUCUCAUUGUGCCAAUCUUGAGAGGUCAAGUCACUGCUCUUGAACUCAUGCUCAAAGACAACUUGCUGUCGAGAUACUACCUCGAGGGCUUGAAGUGGGGACGGGCUAACUCCAAAGUUGGCCAACUUGUUGCCCUGUAUGCACAAAAGUAUUCACAGGUCAGGAUUAUUGAAAUAGGUGCAGGAACUGGCGGUGCAACUAAGCAUGUUCUCGAGGCCAUUCGAAACUCAGGGGCAGAAUGCAGCAUUGCAUCAUACGACUUCACCGACGUUUCCUUAGGGUUCUUUGAGGCUGCGAGAGAGAAGUUCAACAACUGGAGCGAGGUAAUGCAGUACAAGAAGCUGGAUAUUGAGCAGGACCCUACCGUCCAGGGGUUUGAAGAGGGCAAUUAUGACAUUGUUAUCGCAUGUCAGGUCCUUCAUGCUACACGAUCAAUGAUUAACACAAUGACAAACGUGAGGAAGCUGCUCAAACCAGGGGGCAAGCUGUUUAUUAUAGAGACGACCCAAGAUCAGAUGGACAUCCAGUUUGUCUUUGGCUUUCUUCAGGGCUGGUGGCUUAGUAAUGAAGAGGAACGCAAAGUCAGCCCGUCGUUGACGAUCUCAAUGUGGGACAACGUAUUAAAGCAGACAGGAUUUCGUGGCAUAGAGGCAGAGGUUCACGAUUGCAAUGACGACGAAUUCUACUCGUUUAGUGUUAUCUCUUCAGCAGCAGCUCGUCCCCCUCCCCAACUCGACUUCGAAAUCGUCUUCGUCACACCAAAUUGUUCCCCUCCUGACUUUUGGCUUGACCAACUCAAUGUUUCCAUCGGCUUGGUAACCUGGACUGUGCCGAGAGUCUGUACCCUUGAGGACUUAUCAGAUCACGAGAACAAGAUCUGUGUGUUCAUCGAUGACUGUGAUUCUCCGACCUUAGUUAGCGCAAAUGCAGCCCAGUUUGAGGGACUGAAAUCCAUGUGCACACGGUCUAAAGGUUUGCUUUGGGUAACCAGAGGAGGUGUCAGCGAGAGCUUGAACCCAUUUGCAAACCUCACAUCAGGGUUCCUGCGGUCUCUUAGGCAGGAGUAUUCUGGCAAGCGUUUGGGAACUUUGGACUUGGAUCCUGUUCGGUCCAUGUGGUCUGUGGAAUCAAUCAAGGCCAUCACCGACGUCUUCAUGCAGUUCUUUGACCAAUCCGUUCAAGAUUGGCCAAACGAUUAUGAGUUUUCAGAGCGGAAUGGGAUUAUCCACGUCCCAAGAUAUGUGAAAGACAACAAGCGCAACUCAAGUGUGUUUGUCAAGACGAUUCAGUCUCCGUUGACCAACUUCGAGCCGUUUUUACAACCUGAACGUCCCCUUCGCUUGACCAUGAGCACCAUUGGUCUGCUAGAUACCUUGAUCUUUGACGACGACCCCACUUCAGCAGAACCGCUUCCUGAAGAAUUUGUCGAGAUUGAGCCAAGAGCGUUCGGUGUCAAUUUUCGUGAUGUUAUGGUUGCGAUGGGUCAACUCCAGUCAAAGGUCAUGGGCUACGAUUGCUCGGGUGUGGUUAUUCGAGUAAGCUCCAUUGCGGCAGCUAAUGGGUAUAAAGCGGGAGACCGAGUUGCUGUCCUACUUCGCGGACAUUACAGCAGCCGUGUUCGAGUUCACUGGACCAGCGCGGUCCAUAUGCCGGAUGAUAUGACCUUCGAGGUUGGCGCCUCUCUCCCAACACAAUUUGUCACUGCCUAUCUUUCACUCUACGACCAUGCGAAGCUUCAGCAUGGAGAGUCCGUUCUUAUUCACUCAGCCACAGGAGGUGUUGGACAGGCGGCCGUGAUGCUAGCACAGCGUGUCAAGGCUGAGGUGUUUGUGACUGUCGGCUCAGAAGAAAAGCGCCAUUUUAUGAUGAAGCAAUAUGGUAUCAGCCCUGACCACAUCUUCUCCAGUAGGGAUGCAUCGUUCGUCACAGGCAUCAUGGAGAUGACACAAGGCAAAGGGGUAAACGUGGUCCUCAACUCUUUAGCGGGAUCUUUGCUUCAACAAAGUUUUGACUGCAUUGCCCCUUUCGGUCGGUUCAUCGAACUGGGAAAGCGAGACUUCGAGCUCAACAACAGCCUUGCUCUCGGAACAUUCACUCGUGCUGUUUCUUUCACCAGCGUUGACGUGACCGCUCUAGGUGUACUGAGACCCAUGCAUGCUCACAGGAUCCUUAAUGAGGUCGUCCGGCUCGUUGCAAGCAAGGAGGUUAAUCCAGUCACUCCUAUCACUGUCUAUCCUCUGUCGGACGUCGAAAAGGCUUUUAAACUUGUACAAGCAGGAAAGCAUGUCGGCAAGAUUGUGCUUUCUGUUACCCCCGAGACCGUGGUUCUGGAUUCGGUGCUAAAACACAUGACGCUCGAGGAUUACAAGAUGGCAUUAGCCCCAAAAGUCCAAGGCAGCUGGAACCUGCACCAAUAUUUUUCUUCUCCGGGAUCUCUUGACUUCUUCAUCAUGUUGUCCUCUCUCAUCGGCGUCAUGGGCUAUGCCAGUCAAUCCAACUACUCAGCAGGAGGAGCCUUUCAGGACGCGUUAGCGCGAUACCGUGUGGAACACGGUCUCCCUGGUGUCUCCAUUGACCUUGGUAUCGUCAGGUCUGUCGGGUAUCUGGCUGAAGAACAGGCGAACAAGAUCGUCGAGUCCCUCCGACGCCAUGGCAUGCUCGAACUCGCCGCAGAUGACGUUCUCAAGGCGAUUGAUUCAGCAAUCCAGUCGCCAUUUGCAGGAAGCCUAGCGCUUGGCCUCAACACUGGACCAAGGGGGCAUGCUGAAGACUCAGUCCUCAGCCGUGACCUGCGGUUUAGCAACCUGCAGUACCGUGAAGCGCAACAGGAGAGAACCAAGUCAAGGAUGACACAAGCAGGGUCAAACGACCUGCGCAGCAAGCUUGCCGCAUCGACAACUCUAGAGGAAGCAGCAUGCGCUGUCACAGAGAUGAUCGCCAAGAAACUCGUGGAUAUUUUCAUGAUCUCCGAGGAUGAUGUCGUGCCGGCCAAAUCUUUGGCUGAGUUUGGCAUCGACUCACUUGUUGCAGUCGAAUUGUGUAACAUGCUGGCAGUAAAGGCGGAAGUGGAGCUGUCGAUCUUCGAACUCAUGCAGAGUGCCUCAAUUGAGGAGCUGGCAAAGACCGUUGUGACAAAGAGCAGUCACACCAAUCCGGAUAUUUUGGGUUAG